AUGUCGGUUUUCCUACCCCCCGAGACCAUCACGGUCAAGCGGCGCAAGCGUGGCGCCGAAGAUGCGCCUGUCGACUUCCUGAGGGUCGAGGGCAGCAAGCGUUCGCGAAAUGGAGAAGGCAGCUGGGUGUACCGGCUCAAACAAGCCACGGACAUCGUAGCCCCGCAGCCAACCGUACCGACCAUUCAGACAACGAAAGAAGGCGAUGAGAAGAGGCGCAUCAUCAAGCCUCUUCCCCGUCCGAGAUCGCAAAGGAUGACACCCCAGCCCGGCGCCUCGCCAAUCAUCGAGCCAACAUCUACGUCCCAGACAACCAAAGCGACCGAGCCUACUCUUCGACGAUUCCACCUCUCCAAAACCAUUGUAUCGCAAGCCUCAACAUCAGGGCCCGUCUCCAAGAAGCGCGCCAGCACCGUCAUCUUCGUCGAGCGCAAUUCGAAGCGAAAGUCUCUCCACGAGAACCAGACUCUUGAGCAGUCGAGAUCAGUGAACGCCCACAAUGGCCCUGCCGCUGUUCAGCCCAAGCCGUCGACCGGCUACACCUACCAGGAGCCUCCUCCAGCCGAUCCCAAUGACACCGGGGUGAAGCGAUCAUACAAGCGACCCGGUACGAGACGCUUUCAGCCCUCGGCCGAGUCGAAGCCUGGAUCAACCCACCCUGCUCUCCCCCCCUCGCUGGUCAAUCGCAAUGUCAACGUCGACAUGGAUCAGCUCGCCCAGGAAAUGGACGCCUACACACUCAGCGCAAUCACUAGCCAUCUGAGCAAGUUGGAUGAGGCAAGUGCCAAGGCUGCGGAGAGGAAAGCCAAGUUCAAGCCCAAGGCUCCCGCGCUGAGAUACGCACAACGACACCCGGAGGCUGCGGCUGCGGCUGCUCGCACUAAGGAGGUGGCCCCUCAGGCUACUGCUGCUGCUGCUGCGGCGCCAAUGGACGAUGAUAUGGACAUUGAGAUGCUCGACACCUCCGACGAUGACGACUACGUCGUUGAGGAAUACUACCGCGUGCCCGCCAGCCGGCUCAACGAGGAAGAGGUGGCGGCCACCCAGGUCGGUCUGUUGGUGUUCGAUUCCGAGCCCGACAAGAUUGACUUCUUCUUUGGUGCGGAGGAGGAUGACGAGUUUGAGUUUCCGGAGGAUGAAGACGAUGAGAACCACGAAAACUACUACGCAGCCGACUAUCCCGACGAAGAUCUCGAAUGGGACGACGAACUUGACCGCAACCCGUACGAGUACGUGACAGGUAACGCCUCCGACAGGGAGGAGUUUGAUGCGGAGCUGGAUGACAACGAUGACGAUGACUUUGUCAACGCAGACGAGAGGUUCAUGGAUCAUGUCUGGCAGACGAGUAAUGAGAUGGCGGAUAUGGUUGCAUAUGCGAGAGGGUACGACGGUGAUAGACCGGAGCCUGCGGUGGCUGGGUUCCCGAGGGGGUUUCCUUAUGAAUAG